UUUGUUACUUUUUGUAGUUGUAAAUAUUAAUCUUUUCAGAGCUUAUUUUGGAAAUGAAUUUCUCAUUCUGAGGUGCACUAAAAGGUUAUCUCAAACUAACCGCAGAGAAACCAGAUUUAGUAAUUAUCGAUAGAAUGGAGGAAAAGAGAAGUUUAUGCCCUGCCUUUCCUCUCCCUCUAGCUAGACUCUAGAGUCUAGAUAUCAUCAUUCAUCAGAAUCAAUUUGAUCAGCAGUUCUUUGAGAAUACUUUUCAAGAACAGAAGUACGCACAAACCAUGGGAGAAAAAGAAGAGAAGGGGGACGCAGUUCCUGAAGGAGAACAGGAGAAGGAGACUCUAGCUGGAGAAGGAGAGAAAAAGAUGAUUGUCGAGAAAAGUGUGGAGGCUAAGAUCAGCCCUGCCGAGGUUAAAGUUGACCUAGAGGCUCCAAUGGAGGAUGGAUUUAAGGGUCUAACAAAGGAAGAAUUGAUGCGCUUUGCAACUGAUCCAUUCUGGGUCCGACUUCGUUGGAUUCUUUUUGUCCUGUUCUGGAUAAUCUGGAUUGCCAUGCUGGUUGCAUCAAUCGUGAUCAUUGUCUACGCCCCUAAGUGUCCCUCCCCGGACCCUAAACAAUGGUGGCAGAAGGGCCCCAUCUACAAGGUUGACAUUGCUAACUUCAAGGAUUCAAACAAUGACGGAACAGGAGAUAUAAAAGGUUUAGAAGGAGAGCUUGAUUAUCUUGUGGAAACUGGAGUUAACACUAUCUAUUUGGAUCCAUUCUUUAAAGGACCAGCUGGAGUUGGGAAUAAGUAUGGAGUAUCUGACUUCCAAGAUGUGAAGGCCGAGUUGGGAACAUUAGCGGACUGGUCGUCUUUAGUUGACCAGCUCCAACUUAGGAAUAUGAAGGUUAUUAUUGAUAUAAUCCCGAACCAUGUCUCCGAACAGCAUGAAUGGUUUGAACUCUCUGUCAGCAAGGAUCCAACUUAUCAGGAUUUCUUUAUCUGGAGCAGCACUGGAUCUGCUCCUGGUUGGGUUAAGAACUCUGAACGAGGACAGUACUACUGGGCUCCAACUGGAUUACCGGAGCUCAAUCUUGCAAAUCCAAAGGUUGUCGAGGAGAUGAAGAAAGUUAUGAAGUUUUGGUUGAAUAAAGGAGUUGAUGGAUUCAACCUAGACUCCUUCAAUACUCUCGUAGAGGAUCAACAUAUGAAACUUGACCUCAAAGCAUCCAAGGACAUCGUCAAACAGUUCCGCACCGUGGUCGACAACUUCGGGGAGACCUCAGACUCAUCCAGAAUCCUCAUCGCUCUCACCGACCUUCAAUUGGUUGAUCUUGGACCUCUUUAUGGAGAUGAUAUCGACGAGAAUCAUAUCGGUCAGCUUUUCCACCUUGCUGUCGGAGUACCAAUGUCUGACGACAUGCAAGGAGAUUUAAACGUAAAAAAUAUUGUUUCCUUCAUUCAAGAAGUGAAAACUAAACUUCCAGUCAAUGCAUGGCCAGCGAUUGCUGUCAGCUCCCCUGUUAGUGUGGUUGAAGCUGAUAUGGUCGAUGCGAUGAAUAUGCUGAGUAUCAUUCUUCCUGCCACACCCUUUACUAAUAUGGGACAGGAACUAGGAAUGGCAGCUGUUAAAAUGAACUGGGAUAUGCAGAAAAACCAAACUAAGGCCUCUACUGAGGGUCGGUUAACACACUAUUCUGUUUACUCGGAGCUGGCAAAACUACGUCAGUCUGAAACCAUCUUGUUCGGAACCAUUGUGGCUGAAGAAAUUUCUGGUUGUCUAGUUGUAUCCAGGGUGAAGAAGGGUAAUCCUGGAUACCUCCUUGUAAUCAACUUCUCACAAGAAGAUCUCAAGUUAGAUCUUUCCAAGGUUAAGAGUAUAGCAGAGAAUAUAAGGAUUUUAACCAGCUCUGUUGCCGGCCGGGAGUUUGCCCUGCCGGAUCCGAAAAUGACAAAAACAUUUUCGGCCGCUGAAGUUCCUGUGGCGGCUAGACAGGCCCUAAUGUUCACAUUUGUGCCCAGCUUUUAAGCACAUCUUAAAAUUUUUUUAAAAUUUUGGCAAUUUCAAAAAAUUAGAAUAAAUAUUUCAAAUUUGUAAAAAA